AUGUCUACUGAAGCUGAAGCUACUGCUACCAACAGCCAGCCUGAACAGCAGGCUCCACCAAAGGCACAGUCUUCAAAGAAAGAAAAAAAGAAAGGGCCAGAAAAAACAGAUGAAUCCCUCUUGGCUAGAUUCAAAGGUGAUGGUGUGAAAUACAAGGCUAAGCUGAUUGGCAUAGAUGAUGUUCCCGAGGCAAGAGGAGACAAAAUGAGUCAGGAUUCAAUGAUGAAGCUGAAGGUAAGGGGGCUUGAGCUGUCAUUUAAGGAACAAUCUUCAGCUGAGCCUCUGGUUUCUGAUCUUAAGGACCUCUUUCAACUAAUUUAUAAUAUGAAGAAGAAGGAAGAAGAAGAAAAGAAAAAGAGUGAAGAAGCAAGUAAGACUGAGAAGGGUGGUGAAGAUCUGCCUGCUGAUCAAGCUGACAAAAUGAAACUGGGAGUUGACCAGAUGGACUUGUUUGGGGAUAUGUCAACACCCCCUGAUAUGAGCAGUCCCACAGAAACUAAAGAGAUCCUGUUAGUGGAUUUUAAUUCUGAAAUUGAGACCAAACAAACCUUUGCAAAAGAGGAUCUCUUCUUGAAUGGCAUCACAGCUUCUCUUCCACAACCAAAGGCGCAGACACACUUCUUGCCUGAGAGUUCUUUCUCUACCAAUCUCAGCUUCUUUCCUACGCCUAAUCCAGACCCUUUCAGUGAUGAUCCUUUCACACAGCCACCCCAAUCUGCACUACCUUCAUUUGAUUCUCUAAAAUCUGAUCAGAAGAAAAGUAUGAGUACCUUGACUUCAGUGGGUAAUGGUACUUCAGAUGGUGAUAAUGACUACUUUGCUAAACAGUUUGACCAGAUUUCUAAUAGAACUGGCAAACAAGAAGCACUAACAUGCCAGUGGCCAGUUGAGAGUACCUCACCUGCAGCAAGAAUUCCCAAUGUGAUAUCAGAGAGAGAACGGAAUGGCUUUCUUGAAGUCCCAACAAACCUGUUUGUAGAAGGUACUUCCAAAGGAACAUCUCUGCAGAAUGGAGUAAAGCUGGAUUCUGAAAACAAUAUCCAAUUCAUUCCACAUGAGCCUAUAACAAUUAACCCACCACCACAGAGUACCAAGCCAGGAAGAGGAAGGAGAUCUGUUAAGAUUGCAUCGAAUGUCUUAUUCAGCUCAGACUUCUUUGUGCCAUCUAUGGAGAACCAGAGGUUGAGCUCAGGGUCACAAGCAGGAACUCCACCAACUAAUCCACUGGACCUCUUCAAAACAAGUUCUACCACAGCAUCUCCAUUGGCUGGUCUAGGUUGCUUGCCAGUAACUUCAUCACCAUGGACCCCACAGACAGUUUCCUUCACUCAGGCUACAUCAGUCUUUCCUGGGUCUAUGAUGCCUCCUCAGUCUCCAGGAUUUACUCAAUCUCUUGCCUUUGGUACUCAAGCAGUGCCAGGCUGGAACCAAUCUUCAUCUUUUGGUGCCACAGCCACUCAGUCUUCUGGAAUGUGGUCACAGACAGCACAAGUUCCACCCAAUUCUUGGGUUCAGCCAGCCAGUGCUGUAAAUCCCUUCCAGAGCAAUGUGUUCACAUCUCCAACACUACCAGCUCAGCCAGCCUCAGCACUGCCCUCCGUGUCAACAGCAGCCAGCCCUCCACAGCCACCACCCAGAACUACCCUCCAGAAAGAGCUGUCCAAAAAAGAGAGCGAUGCAUUCAUUGCUCUGGAUCCACUUGGGGAUAAAGAAAUGAAGGAUGUCAAGGAAAUGUUCAAGGACUUCCAGCUGACAAAACCACCUGCAGUACCAGCGAGGAGAGGAGAACAGCAAAACCUUUCAGAGCCUCCAAAGCCUGUUCCUCGACAAAGUGCACUGCCAGCUGAUGGCCUGUUUGAAAGUCAAGAUAAAGCAGACCCUUUCAGUGCUUCAUCUAAGGAAUCUCAGAAUCCACCUUCCGGUCAUUUUGGUGAUCAAUUUGGCAAUCCGUUUGCAUAG